AAUUUUUUACUCUUUUUAUUUAUUACUUAUUUACUCUUACUAUUUAUCUUUAAUUUCCUAUUCUUUAACUGUGUUAACAGUGUACAUUUAAUAAACGAAGCACAGCAUGUUAUAAAGAAAACAAGUGUGAAUUGGACAAAAAAUGACUGAAUCGACGGAGUUAUUUGGGCCUCCACCCAUUUGGCCCGAUAUUAAAUCAGAAUUGCGAGAGUACAUUGAGUGCCCCGAGCAAUUACCUAUCCAUCAGUUGGAUAACACUCAAUGUUAUUGGCAGCGCCAAGCAGAUGUUCUCUCGCUGUUGGAGUUCGAUCUGGCACCGAUCGGUACCACUUUAAAAUUUGAUCGUGAUCCAGUAACGGGCAAGAUCGGCGAGAUGCAGGAGAUUAUCUUGCAAGGUGCGGGAGAAACUGCAAGAAAUUCUAUGUCUAUGACUCGCGCACCAGGACCGCUCAUGGAUGGAGUUCGAGGUAAUCCUAGCAAUAUACCAUUCUGGCCUGGUGGUUUUGACGAACCCAAAGCGCCUGAAAAUGAAUUCCUGGAUGACAUUGACUUUGAGAAGAAUUUAAGAACAUUGGCGAAAGGCUUCAGCGCGGGUACAGAGUUUAAGAGCGACAACUGCACGCCAAUUAAUUGCACAAACAAUGAAACUGAAAUCACGAUAUCUGAAAAAUUGGAGAGACUAAAAACUGAUAAUAAUAGUAUCAAUUUGAUGGCUAUCGUACACGAAGAAGGAAACUUGCUUGGUCUGUGGUCGUCGGUGGAGGAACCGAAAAAGGAGAAUGUUCCAGUCACGUUGAACGGUGGCGUUCCCUCUAUAGAUGACAUUCCUGCUCUGCCCGAAGAGACUAACAUACCUGUCUUGAAAAUAUCCGAGAAGCAACCGGAGCUCGCAAAAACGGAGUGGGCGGAGCAGUUAGACGUGUCGGCGCCGAUAGUUGAUUUCGACAAGAGAAUACCCGAUCCAGCGAUUAGAUUCGAUUAUGAAUUGGAUACUUUUCAGAAACAGGCUAUUCUUAAAUUGGAGGAGAACAGCAAUGUCUUCGUUGCUGCGCACACGUCGGCGGGAAAGACCACUGUUGCUGAAUACGCCAUUGCAUUGAGUCAGAAGCACAUGACGAGAGUGAUUUACACAUCGCCUAUAAAAGCGCUUUCGAAUCAGAAAUACCGCGACUUUAAAAGGAAAUUCGAAAGCGUUGGAUUAUUGACGGGUGAUCUGCAAAUCAACCAAAACGCUUCGUGUCUAAUCAUGACGACGGAGAUCCUGCAAUCAAUGCUAUAUUGUGCAUCCGACGUCCUGCGAGAUCUAGAAUACGUAAUAUUCGAUGAGGUGCAUUAUAUAAAUAAUGAAGAUAGAGGUCACGUGUGGGAGGAAAUAGUCAUUCUUCUGCCACAAAAUAUCAGCAUAGUAAUGUUAUCCGCGACCGUGCCUAAUCCAAUAAUAUUUGCCGACUGGGUUGGUCGUAUCAAAAAACGUAAAAUGUAUGUGAUUAGUACUUUAAAAAGACCGAUACCUCUUUUGCAUUACUUGUAUACUGGCACCGAUGGUAAGACCAAGGAUGAUAAAUUUUUGGUCCUUGAUGGGAACGGCCAAUUCUUAUUGGAUGGUUGGUACAAAGCGACAAACGCAUCCGAUAAGAAAAAGGAGAAAACGUCAAAGGACUUUAAGAGAAGAAUUCAGAUGACUCCGAGGCAGGAAGAAGUAUUGUGGAGAGCAUUUAUAAGCCAUCUUCUAAACAAUGAUAUGAUACCUGUUGUCGUAUUUACACUAUCAAGGAAACGUUGUGAUAUGAAUGCUGCGACGUUAAGGAAUAUCGAUUUAACAACCGCGAGAGAAAAGCAUCAGGUGCACGCAUUCUUCCAAACCAACAUAAAGAAUCUGAAGGGCAGCGAUAGAGAACUACCACAGAUACUCAUGAUGCAGGAACUCUUGCAGAAUGGCGUGGGUAUACAUCAUAGCGGGAUAUUGCCGAUUUUGAGAGAAAUCGUUGAAAUGCUAUUCCAGAGUGGAGUUGUGAAGUUGCUAUUUGCGACCGAGACUUUUGCUAUGGGAGUCAACAUGCCAGCACGCACGGUAGUAUUCGAUUCCGUACGAAAGUUCGACGGAAACAAUUUUCGCACCCUGUACCCGACUGAAUACAUACAGAUGGCUGGUCGUGCUGGACGACGAGGGCACGACACCACGGGCACUGUUAUAGUAAUGUGCAGGAAUGACGUACCGCACUUCAACGACUUGAAACCUAUGAUGUGCGGCGAGCCGCAAACGUUGGAGUCAAAGUUCAAAGUCACGUACUCGAUGCUGCUCAACUUGAGAAGGGUGAACGAAUCCGUCACCGUCGAAGCGAUGAUGCGCAAGUCUUUCAAGGAAUCGCCGUUGGCUUCGCAGGAAGCGACGUACAACAGCGUGCUGCGGAAAAUCGAGCGGGAAUUAUCGAGCUUGCCAGCGUUGACCGAAAUGCAAAAUAAGCUCUCCGUGUUUUACCACGUCGCGGUCGAUUAUCUGGAAGACAUUAAAUUCCUGAAUCCCUACUUGUUCGAGUCUAAAAAGACGGCAAAAAAUUUGAGCGACGGCAGAGUCGUGCUAAUAUCGUACGCGAAUCAUUACAACAAGCUAGCUCUGUUACUGCAAGUCGCGCAUCACAAAACUGCCAGCCAGUACAAAGUGUUGAUACUUAAGGACGCAGACGCCUCCAAUUCCGAAGCAGCGGAAUUCAAGAGUGCUCAGAUUUAUGAGAAAUGGUGCGAGAUAAUUGGUCUGACGAAACGAAAUAUGUUCGUACCCGGCAAUAAUCCACUGCACGAGGUCGUGACUAUAUCCGCGUGGCACGUAUUGCACAUCACCAAGUGCCAGAUAAAGAUUGAUUGCUCUCUAGUACUGGCUGAUUGGGAGAAAAGGCAGAUUUCAAGAUUUAAAAAUGAUCCACCGGGACAGACGUGCCAAACGGCAGUUCAGGAAUUGAUUUCUCUGACAUUUAAGGCUGCGACCGAUCCUAAAAUUCUGUGUCCGUACAUCGAGCCUUCAUCGAAAAAUGAUUUGCAACUAAGAAUACAGCAUAGAGACCAGCUAAAAGCUAAUCUCAACGAUAUGAAGUGUACGGAAAUACCGAAUUUUGAGGAACAGUUCAGACCAGUGUUCGAGCGAAAUCAGCUCGAGGAUCAAAAGCGACUGUUGCAGCUGAAACUCAGUGACGAGGGAAUGGCGUUGUAUCCGGAUUACGUGAACAUGGUGGCACUUCUCAAGCAUUUGAGAUACAUAGAUAAUGAUGAAAGAGUCGCUCUAAAGGGAAGAGUUGCGCUGCAAAUGGGCAGCAAUGAGCUAUUGAUAACAGAAUUGAUCCUCAAAAACGUGUUGACGGUCUUACAACCGGCAGAAAUAGUAGCGCUAUUGUCGGCACUGAUUUUCCAACAGCGCACGGAUUCUGAACCGAAGCUCACGCCGAGCCUCGCUAAUGCUUGCAAAAUAAUGAACGAGGUGCACGCGGAAUUGGAGCAUCUAGAGCAGUACUAUCAACUGUCAACGAUAUCGCCGUUGAAUUUCGGUCUGGUGGAAGUCGUUUAUGAAUGGGCGCAGGACAAGUCGUUCGCGGAGAUCAUGAAGAUGACGGACGUCCAGGAAGGAAUUAUAGUCCGGUGCAUACAGCAACUCGGCGAGACUCUGCGAGAUGUUAAAAACGCGGCUGUGACGAUCGGCGAACCCGUUCUCAAGGAAAAGAUGGAGGAGGCUUCGACCGCGAUCAAGCGCGACAUAGUCUUCGCCGCGUCUUUAUACACUCAAGAUUAGUGAAGCAUUUAUCAAUGAAUGAAUCUUAUUUUUGGCAUCACCAAAUUUAUUACCUAUUUUUUUAUCGAUGAGGAAAUGUAUAUUGUUGCAAGAAUAUGCAAUAUAUUUAUUAAAAAACUGUUCUAUC